UCUUGCGGACAGGUGCUCAGACAACGGGAACGGUUUGAUUUGAAGUUUUGACUAUAAAUAAGAAAAUUUUUUUUUUUAAUUUGUCUAAAAGAAAAAAACAUCGAUUGUGAGGCAAAAUGGCGGAAUGUGUUAUGAAAAACCGACUAUCGGUUAUUCUACAAGUGAUAUUCUGUCUAUGCCUUUUCAUCGAUUCAACAUCUGCUGCCUGCAAUGUUUGCCAAACAAAUCAAGUUGCUUGCAUUAAUUCAACUUCCUUCUAUCUCUGCUUUGGUGAAAGCGACCCCAACAUGGAUACGCUGUAUCAUUGCAAGGAAGGAUUCGAGUGCACCGAAUAUACGGCCAUCUGUCUGCAAGCCAGUGCAACACGUGCGCCAAGUUGCGGCUCCACUUCACUUUGCGGACAAUGUACAGCUCAGAGCAAUGCCCUCUUCGCUUGCAUGAGUCGCUCGACCUUCCAAAUGUGCUAUGGCGGCUUACAUCCCACCGGCCAACUGGGCUAUUGCCCCAGUGGAUUUGUUUGCGAUGCAACCAGCGAUGCGGUUUGUGUAAGUGAGGCGGCAUCGCCCACUGUCACCUGCGAUGUGGUUGAUCCUACUAUGUCGACCACCUCAAGCACAACUACUUCAAGCACAACCACAACCAGUGCCAGCUCAACCUCAUCAAGUUCAACCACGGAAAGUUCCACUACUACACGCCCAUUGACACCAAAUGAGGUUUGUGCACAAAAAACAACGACUGGUCUCUAUCCGACGGUGCCAGAGGAUCCAUAUUGCAAAAGAUACAUCCACUGCCGUCGCAGUAAUGGUGUUAUGAGUGGUAUCGAGUAUACGUGCGCAACGAGCACCUACUACAACGUGGAGAAAGCAGUGUGCACCAUUUACAAGCCAGCCAAUUGCAUUUGAAUAAAAUUUGUAUUUCGGCGUGCGAGUUUUUAUUUCCAAACAUUUGUCUGUUGCUUUUUUAUUUAAGAAAUAGAGCUGAAAAAACAUUUUCCGAAAAGGCAAAAGAGAUCAGCUAAACUCUGUCAUAGAAUCCUUGAAGUUCAGUUUUCGUAGACAACAUAACCUCCAAUUAUUUGAAGCAGAUGAUAUUUUUCACACCAGAACUAAAGAAAAUAUAAAGAUACUCGUCAUAGCAAAUUUAAAUUUAGA